GCGCGCUCACUGCGCAUGCGCGCCGAGAAGCUGCUGGAAGGGCGGGCGGGCGGCGCGCACGCGCGGUGGCGGCGGCGGGAGGCGGCGGCGGCGCGCGCGCGGGGAUUUUGCUGCGUCACCACGGGGCCGAGCGCGCGCGGGGCAUUGUGGGAGCGAGGCCGCGCCGAGCCCCCGAGCCCGCCCGGAGCCACCGGAGCCUCCACCGGAACCCACCGGGAACCCACCGGGAACCCACCGGGGACACACCGGAACCCGCCCGGCACCGCCUCUCCACACGCAGCUGCUGCAGCACCCCCGCCGGAGCCGCCGCCGCCGCCGCCAUCCGCCAUGCAGCCUGCCUCUGCAAAGUGGUACGACCGGAGGGACUACGUCUUCAUCGAGUUCUGUGUUGAAGACAGCAAAGACGUAAAUGUAAAUUUUGAAAAGUCCAAACUCACCUUCAGUUGUCUUGGAGGAAGUGAUAACUUUAAACAUUUAAAUGAAAUCGAUCUUUUUAACAAUAUCGAUCCAAAUGAAUCAAAGCAUAAAAGAACAGACAGAUCCAUCCUGUGCUGUUUACGAAAAGGAGAGUCUGGUCAGGCAUGGCCCAGGUUAACAAAAGAGAGGGCAAAGCUCAACUGGCUCAGCGUGGACUUCAACAACUGGAAAGACUGGGAAGAUGAUUCAGAUGAAGACAUGUCCAAUUUUGAUCGCUUUUCUGAGAUGAUGAACAACAUGGGAGGAGACGACGACGUAGACUUGCCAGAAGUAGAUGGGGCAGAUGAUGACUCACCAGACAGUGAUGAUGAAAAAAUGCCGGAUCUGGAGUAAGGCAAACUGUCGUCUUCAGGGUUUUGGGGGAAAAAAGUUCAUCACAACAUUUCAUAAUUGAGAUAAGAAUUCCUGAGUUGAUAGCCCUAAAGGGAGAUCCUGCAUCCUUUAACCCAUUUCCAGUCCAUUUGCAGUGGCUUCACUGAUGGGAGGUGUGUGCCAUGGCACGGGGCGGUCUCAGAGCCACCAGAGGCAAUAACAGUUAUGCAUGAACCGUUCUCCAGACUUCCAAAAAACCCCAAAAAACCACCAAACCAACCCAACUGAGGCGUAGGCAAUGCAUUGAGAGCAGUUGCAAUAAAGUUUACAGAGCCUCCUUGCCUCGUAGCAAUGGGAGAACCCUGAAUUAACACUGGUUUAAACAAAAAAUUUAUUUUUUUUUCCUAUCUCCACGGCCUGAAAUUAAUUUCUACCGGGAACAAAAAACCUGUUAGUGACUCCCCAAAAAAUCCAGCAGGCAAGGCACAUCCCUCGUGAUGUCUUCAGCUCUGUUCCCAUUCAAAAAAAUAAUUAAAUCUCAAAAAAAAAAAGAAAAAAAACCCCAAAUCCUCCUGGUUUUUGGUGCCCCUGGUCCCGUGCGACCCCAAACCUUCCCCACCUCCUGGGAGUGGCUGUACAUUGUUGCUUUGUCAAUCUGUACAUUUUCGACCAAAAUGGUAUUUGCACUGUGGGUUUGGCAGCGAGGACAGCGCGGGGCUCGGCCCUCAGCCCGUGUUCGGAGCAGCUGGGAUUUUUUUAAUGUCUGCAUUCUUUCUAAUAAACUGUUGAAGACUC